GUUAGAACUCACGCUUUUACGAGGCUAUCGGACACCCUUACAACUCUGCAACAUCUCCAACCUCUUCAUCAAACACCUCAACCGUACCAUCACUUGCCUACCUCAAAAUAUUAUCCACACCGCCAUCUAAGUAAGUGAUCCUCACACACGCAUCGACUGAAAUAUAUUACAUCAGGAUACGUCGCUGCUAGCUCCAAAUGCCUGAAUGUCUUUCACUGAUUGAGUUAUACCAAUACUGACGUUCACCAGCAUGUUGCCGAACCUCGACUUUCCGAAUGUUGUAUGUGUGGAAUGUACAGAGAGCCACUUCGACUGCAGCGACCACGACAAGAACCGGCUCAUCGAGGCCCUUGCGACGUCUGACCCUCAGACAGUGCACCCCGCAAACCGAGCCGCGAUAUCGAAGAUCCUCCGGAACAUAUCAGAUCGUGACAACUGCGAGAAGUCCAAACUACUGGCCAAAAUCAAGGAUCUUACGGGUCGCACCGAAGAAGCCCAAAGCCAGAUUAGGGAUAGCGAGAAAGCUCUUGAAGGUCUCCGGCAAGAGGUAGCAAAGUUGGAUCCUCUGCUGCGCGAACUUGAAGAGAAGGACCUGAAGAUUGAAGAGCUCAAGGAACAGAUGAAGGCAAUCAAUGACGCCCUGAUUUCACGAGUCAGUGACGAAGAACAGAGGAAAAGCAAUGCUCUAGUGCUGCUUGGUCAGAUUCGAGAGCAAAAGCAAGAGAUUGCUGACCUCAAACACGAGAUUGACGACCGCAACUUUUGCAUCUGGGAUCGCGAACAGAGCAUAGAGCGCCUUGCUCGGGAGGAGCGUACUUUGACCCAUCAAGUUGAAGCGAAAGACAAUGAAAUCGAAGACCUUAGGCGCGAUAUCGACGAAGGUAACUCUCAGCUACUCAGCCGCAACAAAGAGAUCGACAGCCUACAGAAACAAAUCAACGAGAAGGACCGCCAAAUCGGCGCUCGUGAUUCUCAGAUCCAGGGCCGCUCCGACGUCAUGAAGAAGCUUCUGGAGAGACUGGAGCAGAUGAAGAGUCGACUUGCGAGUGCUGACGAAGCAGCACCUGAAAGAAGCAGGGAGAGGGUUCGAACUGAGGCUUUCGAUCGGCACUGA